GUGGAUGGACCUAGAGUCUGUCAUACAGAGUGAAGUAAGUCAGAAAGAGAAAAACAAAUACUGUAUGCUAUCACAUACAUAUGGAAUCUAAAAAAAACAAAACAAAACCUAGAAGAACCUAGGGGCAGGACAGGAAUAAAGACGCAGACGUAGAGAAUGGACUUGAGGACACGGGGAGGGGGAAGGGUAAGCUGGGAUGAAGUGAGAGAGUGGCAUGUACAUAUACACACUACCAAAUGUAAAACAGAUAGCUACUGGGAAGCAGCCACAUAGCACAGGGAGAUCUGCUCAGUGCUUUGUGACCACAUAAAGGGGUGGGAGAGGGAGGGUGGGAGGGAGAAGCAAGAGGGAGGAGAUAUGGGGAUAUAUGUAUAUGUACAGCUGAUUCACUUUGUUAUAAAGCAGAAACUAACACACCAUUGUAAAGCAAUUAUACUCCAAUAAAGAUGUUAAAAAUAAAUAUGUUAAGUAUCAUAUAUAUGACUAUUACUUACACACACACACACACACACUCACACACACACCCCUUAAACAUUUUAUUUUAGCUUGAGCAAGUAAAAGGGGAUGAAUUAUCCAAACUUAGUGCCAAGGAUUUUUUUUUUUAAAUGGGGGCCUGAUGAUUGGAACUCUGUGCCAUAUUUCUUACAUAAACCUUAUCUAAAAUGUAUAUUUAUUUCAAAUGGAUCAAGGAUUUCCAUUUCUGGCAACAUGGUAGAUUAGGUGCCCAGACUGUCUGAAUCUAAAAUGCUGUAUAGGGCUUCCCUGGUGGUGCAGUGGUUAAGAAUCUGCCUGCCAAUGCAGGGGACACGGGUUCGAGCCCUGGUCUGGGAAAAUCCCACAUGCCGCGGAGCAACUAAGCCCGUGAGGCACAACUAAUGAGCCUGCGCAUCUAGAGCCUGUGCUCCGCAACAAGAGAAGCCACAACAAUGAGAAGCCAGCGCACCGCGAUGAAGAGUAGCCCCCCACUCGCCGCAACUAGAGAAAGCCCGCGCACAGGAACAAAAACCCAACACACCCAAAAAUAAAUAAAUAAAUUUAUUAAAGGAAAAAAAAUGCUGUAUAAAUUUUUUUAAAUAUUUUUAAACUUCUUAAUUUGGCACAAACAUACAGACACUAUGGAAGGCGGCUCUUGACAUUAAUGUUACCUCACAGCAAUGCUUUGAGAACUACAAAGUGCUGGAGACAGGAUACAUAUUCUGAGACUCCCAAUAUGGAGACGUAAUCAAAGAACCUUGCAUAUAGCUGAAAAUCUGAAAGGCAUACAACUGAAUGAGCAGUAAACCUAUCUAGCAGAAGGUGACAGCAAGCAAACUUGCCUUCUUUAAUCUUAGUGCUGGUAAAAGGAAGAAAAAAAAAUCUCCCGUGAGAAUUUAUAACUACAAGCCAGUUCUUAUAUGAGUGUGUGGAGAAGGAAAAAGAUGAAAAGGGGUGAGAAACAUGGAAAACAGAUUAAAGGUCUAAUGUAUGUCUAACCGGAAUUAUAAACUCCUCACCUCCAAUGACCAAGGAAAGAAGGAACAAUGGUCAAACCAAAAAGGGCUGUUGCCUCUUGCAGCAUAUUCACUGUACUAACUGCACCAGAUAUGUACCCAAGGACAAGGCCAUUAAGAAGCUGAUCACUGGAAAUAUAGAAGAGAUUAAAAAAAAAAGAAGCGGCAUGAGAAACAUUUCCGAAGUGAGAGUCUUUAAUACCUAUGUGGUUUCCAAACUGUAUGUGAAACUACACUGCUGUGUGAGUUGCAUAACUGACAACAGGGAAGUCAAGAGUCAUCCUCAUGAAGCCCAGAAAAACCAUACACCCCAUCCUGAUUUAGACUUACAGAUGCUGCCUCAUGACCUCUGCCAAAGCCCAUGUAAGGAGCUGAAUCCUUAA